AUGAAGAACGAUGAUUACUCCGAUGUAGUUAUGGCUGCUCUCCAUGUACUUGAGGAAAGUGGCAGUUUACCAAAUAUAGAAAGAGAAAACAAAUGUGAGAAAAGAUCUGAUAAAUAUCGGGAAGAAGGUAAUAUAGCAUUUAAAGUAGGAGAUGUAAACAGAGUACUAGAAUUUUACAAUAGAGCUCUGAUGUUUGCGCCGAAAAAUUCAAGAGCCAUUCAACUUGCUUAUAGCAACAGGUCAGCAAUAUUAUUUAAAAUGGGACAAUUUAGAGCUUGUUUAAUUGACGUAGAAACUUGUUGUAAACUUGGUUGCCCCACAGACAUUGAAAGUAAGCUUAUUAAAAGGAAAAAUGAAGCUACAGUAAGAAGUGAAAUGGAAAAUCUAUCUGCUAAUUUGCUUACUGGUUACUUUAAAGAUUGUUUUAAGUUUGAUUUUAAAAGCAAUACUCCCAUACGUUGCGCUAGUUCUGACAUAGAAGUUAUGAAAGGGGAUGCUUUUAAAGUAGUUGCAGCAAAAGAUAUUAAAGUGGGUACUCCCUUGGCUUUAGAAGAUUCGUUUGUAAGUAGUAAUAGCGAGAAAAAUGUACCAUUUUCUUGCCAUUACUGCCAUAAAAUGUCUGAACCUGAUACCAUGUGA